UUUUUCCUCUUCAUUUAAUCCCUAUCAUAUUCUUCUUUGGUGAACUUUCGUCCGUUUUUCAAACAUAAAGUUCCACACUCACUUUUUGUUUCUAUCGUUACCCACUGCUCGACUCCACCAUGACUACUGCCCAUCCCAACCCGGCACCAUUGACCUCGAGACGUAACUCUGCAUUCUCGUCUCGGCUGGAACAUGCUACGCCAGACCAGCAAGACGAAAUUGAACGAUUAGCAAGAACUUUUGAGGUGUCAGAUGACAAGCUCAAAACCAUUGUAAAGGGUUUUGCUGAAGAGAUGAGCGCGGGGUUACGGGCUCACGACCAAUCUUGUGAUCUGAAGAUGAUACCCUCUUGGGUAACAGGUUAUCCAUCCGGGAAUGAAAAGGGCGUUUACCUAGCCUUGGAGAUUUCAGGCAUGGAUAUCUAUGUUUGCCAAGUGAAAUUGAAAGGCGAACGCGGCAAGUUAGCUAUCAACCAAUAUCAGUACAAGAUUCCAGAUAACUUGACAGCAGGAGAAGAUAUGUCGAUUUUGGUAGACUAUGUUGCGGACUGUGUUUCCGAUUUCUUAGUCAGAGUUGGCACACAGGACCUCUUCGUUUACCCCAUGGCCGUCAGCGUGGGGUUCGCGGUCAAGCAAACCGGUCUUAACAAGGGAACUAUUGUGGCCCUGGAGCAUGGCUUUGAUUACCAAAAUGGUGUUGGCUGUGAUGUUGUAGAGCUUUUCCACUCUCGUUUUAAAGCUAAAGGCUUGGCCGUUAAAGUCGUUGCCAUGGCCAACGACACUGUAUGCACUCUAUUGGCACAUGCCUAUCAACAUCCUUCCACACGAAUUGGAAUAGUACACAGCGCUGGAACGAAUUGUGCCUAUUAUGAAAAGUUCAGCAAUAUCAAGUCUCUUGAAAAUUCAUUCAAGAAUAAGAAUUCAGACGAUAUGAUCAUCAACACCGAAUGGUGUAACUUUGGUUCACAUAAGCGAUGGCUUCCCAAUACUUGGUUUGACCGAAAACUGGAUCGUGAGUCAAAUAAUCCUUCUAUACACAUCUUUGAAAAGAUGACUACUGGCAUGUACCUCGGUGAAAUUGUUCGCAACAUAUUGGUCUACCUUGUGGACAAUGACAAACUCUUUGCUGGAUCAAGUUCAGAUGGUCUAAAUACUCCCUAUAGUUUUGACACUAGCUAUAUGUAUGUAAUUGAAGCUGACGACGAUAGUGAAGCGUACAAAGACACGUGCGUCAUCCUGGAAGAGAUGCUGAAGAUCGGCCCAACCACUGUUGCUGAUCGCGAGAUAGUGCAAAAAGUGUGCGAAAUUGUUGGAAGACGCUCUGCCAUGCUCGUUGGUGCAGCAAUAGCCAGUGUAGUUAAUUAUAUGGUCGAGCAUGGUAUCGGAUUGGAUGAUACCAGCGAUGGCUUCGCUAUAUCUAUCAGCGGUGAUCUGUACGAAGAUUACCCUUCAUUCCAUCCUCGAGUUUGUGAAACGCUGAAGGCUCUCAUUUCAGAUGAUAUCGCUUCCAAGCUCUCGGUGGGCAUUGUCAAGCACUCAAGAAUUGUUGGUGCUGCUAUUGUUGCGAUGAUGGCUGAGAAAAUGGAUUCUGACGUGGAUAUGCAAGAAUGAGAACGACACACGAGAAAAAAAUGCCAUACCUAACUUCUUGUUUUUUUCUUACUAUCCACCAUAGCACUUUUCAACUUAAAUUCGCUACACUACUCCAGGGCAAUUUUUUAUUAUUUUCUGUGCUGACU